GCGGACUGCCCAGUGCCUGUAUGGGGCGAAGCAGCAGCGUGACAAGCUGGAGCUUGAGGUGCAGGAUAAGACCACGCGGAUCGAGGAACUGCAGAAGGCCCUGGAGACUCAGCAGGGGCUCCUGGAGGCAAAGAGGAACGAGGUGCUGGCGCUCGACGCGGAGUACAAACGUAUGGCCCUUCAGGUUGCGGAUACCACGGAAGCCGUUUUCCAAGAACCGCCCUCAUUCUCCAUUGCGUUCGAGCUUGCGCCCGAGGGCGUGGAGGAUGUGUGCCUGCAGGUUUUCCUGGGGACGGCGGAGUGGAACACACCCAAAGAGAUUACCAACGGCAAGCUCAAGGAACCGUUGCCCCAGCGUGCUCAGGCGGGCCGCCCCGCUUCUGUGCCUCCUGGUGAGGACGCUCCUGAUGGAGAUGAUGAGGACGGUAUUGACAUGGCCGUCGACGGCGACGAGAUCGACCUCGACCUGCUCGAAGGGAGCGCAACGGAUCACAUGUGGUUCGAGAAAUGUACCGUGCCGAAGUACCAGUUUGAACAAUGCGCCGCGCCAGAGUACAAGUGUGAA